AUGUACCCGCAGCAGGGCCCCAACGGGCCUGGCCCGGGCGGCUAUGGCUUCGACGCAUCGCAGCUGCCGCCGGGCGCGUCGCAGCAGCAGCUGCACAUGCACAUGCAGGCGUUGCAGCAACAGGCGCAACAGGCGCACGCAUACAUGCAGCCUCCGCCGCAGCCCUUCGAGGGCCAGCAGCAGGAGCCGCCGCACGCGCCGUCGGGGAGCGGCAGCCGCAGCGGCAGCCAGAGCGGCGCCAGCAACAGCGGCAGCUUGAGCAGCGGCGUCGAGCGCAGCGCCCAUGGCUACGUGUGUCCCAAUUGCGGCAAGGCAUUCGCACGUGACGAUCUGCUCAGGCGCCAUCUCUCGCGUGAGGCUCGCGCCCUUGCACAGCCGUCGUUCGAUCGGCAAAAGUCGUGCCAUGCCUGUGCGGCCAGCAAGGCACGCUGCGAUCUCGAGGUGCCGUCGUGUGGGCGGUGUCGUGCGCGGGGCAAGGCUUGCGUCUACGGCGCUCGCUCCGGCAACCCAAAUGUGCGGCGCGCACAGCGCGAAUCCGUCACUGCUUGGAGCACUCCUGGUCCGUCCACGUGGGCGGCCGACGGCAGCAGCUACAACUUCGCAGCUGCGUCCAGUCUGCCGCCCGCUCCCGGGCUCAUGCCGCCGCGCAACGGCUCAGGCGACGACUACGCCUCGGAUGCCAGCGAUUCGCAUGGCUGGCCAGACUUUGACCAGCCGCACGUACGCGCCGCACGCGCAUUCAGCACCAGCACGAGCAGCAGCGACGCCGAGAGCGGCUACGGCUCGCACUCGGGCAGCUUCUCGUUCGACGAUGGCGCGCCGCAGGGCCAGCAGCCUCCUAGCGACCAGUUCUUCACGCCGCAGCUCGGCAGCGCAGCAUUUGAGCCGCCGAUGCGCACCGACUCGCCCGCUUCGUUCACACAGCCGAUGGUCUCCAAGGCCUCACGACUAGCUCGCGGCUUCGGAAGCGCAGGCGGCUCUAUCGACACGAACAUGCGACGCUACGAGCAUGAAGAGGACGAGCAGACGCCCAUCGGUCCGAGCCAGCAUGGCCUGAGCAUGACUGCCUCUGGCGACCUGGGCGUGCGAGGCUCGAUGGGCCCGCCUGCUUCGACAGCGCGGGCGCAGGCAGGCGCUUUCGGCUGGAACGCGCCCGGAGGCACCGGCAGCGGAUCGGGCAUUUACGGCGCCGAAAGCAGCGGCUCCGGCAGCUCAGCCUCGUCGCGGCCACAGCCGCCGCGACUCCUGACGGGCAGCAAGAUGCCGCUGCCAGCGUCGCAGCCGCAGAGCGGGCAGAGCAGCGCGCGACCGCUGUUCAGCGCGCUCCUCGACCUCAGCGGUUGGCUUGAGGAGCCGGUGGUGCCCUCGCCGCUGUACCGCAUGGGCCCCAGUCUGGCGUCUUUCGGCGCGGCAGGCAACAGCAUGUCAAGUGCGCUGCACUUUUUGCCGCCUACGCCCACGUCUGAGGCGUCGGCAAGUGCCACGCGCCAGGCGCUCAUGACGCCGCGCGACUCGACGAUGCGCUCCUCGACCGACCCGACGAGCGAUGCCGGAAGCUCUUCGGCAGGCGCAGCUGCAGCGGCGGAGCACACGCCCGCGCAAGUCAUGACGGCGCAGCACUGGUGGACGAGCGGCGCACCACGGCCUGCGGCUGAGCUGCAAGGCCAGAUCGCACAAGCAUGCGCCAGUCACUUCACGCUCUAUCCACAGCUGCUCGUGCUGCCCGAUCCCUCAUCACCCGUGCCGCCGCUCUUCCACCGACCAUGGCUGGCGCAGACUCGCGUCCAGACGCCUGCGUCGCUGGCGGUAGCACGCGUGGUCAUUGCCGGCUUCCACUCGCGUCUGCCGGCGAGCGAUGCCAUGGCACGAGAAAUGCUCUCGACGCACGCGCGCAACGUCUUUGCCAUGGCCGAGGUCAUCGCAGCCGACGGCGAUGCCGAAGUGGCAGCUGCGACGGCUGCGGCUUGGCUGUACCUCGUGCUGCUCCUCACCUCAGACGCCGACGCCAACGAGAGUCAAGCAGAAGGCGCCGCAGAGCGCACGGCGCAGCUCAUCAGCGAAGGGCUCGUGGCGCUCUCCACGCUCUCUCGUGCGCUCUCUCAGCGCGUCGCGCGCCUCGAGGAGGAGCGCCGCAGUGCCGGCGCCGAAUUCCUGGCGUGGGGCUUCGAAGAGACACUGCGGCGCACGCUCUUCGCCAGCUAUGCGCUGCUGGUGCUGCAGCGCUUCCGCACGCCGCAGCCGCCAGCGCAGCAGGCCCUGCAGCAGAGUCUGGCCGGCGUCGAGCUCGUGCUGGACGUCGCCUUGCCCGCCGGCGCACUCGAGUUUGAGGCGGCCACCGAGCUCGAGUGGCGUGCCGCUCAGUGCGCACGCAUCAGUGCCGAGGCGCCGACGCUGCGCCGCCUUCUGCAGGCUCGCAGUGAAGCUGCGGGCGCCGGAGCAGCGGCAAAGGCACACCCGGAUCUGGCGGCCUACUUUGACCGUCACGACUUCUUCACCAACUGCUGUCUCAUCGUCGCACUUGCGCUGGACGAGCAGACGCCGAAUGCCGUCGCUCCUACCUCGUAA